AGAAUGGCCAGUAACCAGCAAAGAUCACUCAGAGGGCCAAGUCACCCACCUCAUGUGGAAGAACCAUUCCUGCAGAUGGUCCAGGCCAGUGAGAACCUCCUGCCCUCCCAGACGUGGGCUCAGCGUGAGUUCUUCCUCCCCGGUGAGUCCUGGGAGUUCCCUGGCUUCACCCGGCAAGCCUACCACCAGCUGGCCCUGAAGCUGCCGCCCUGCACAGAUAUGAAGUCCAAGGUGCGGCAGCGGCUCGUCCACCCUUGGAAGGGUGCCACCCAACACACCUGGGGCUUUCACACGUGGCUCGAUGUGGGCCGUCUGCCUGCCACCUUCCCCACCCGGCCUGACAGGCCCUACGAUAGCAAUGUCUGGCGUUGGCUGACCGACUCUAAGGCCCACCGACGUCCCCCCGCAGAGCACCCCAUCCCCCCUCCCUCCUGGAUGGGGCAAAACAGCUUCCUGACCUUCAUCCACUGUUACUCCACAUUCGUGGACGAGAAUAGGAAGAAGCAGGCGAUUUUCAGGACAGUGAAGGAGUUGAAGGAGGUGGAGAAGCUCAAGUUGAGGAGUGAGGCAAGGGCUCCUCCACUAGAUGCCCAGGGCAACAUCUGGCCUCCGGCGAACUUCAAGAAGUAAGACGGCCCCUCCUCAGGGAGCCCACCCGGCCUGCCCUGCCCAGGUACCAGCACAUAUCCGAUGGUGGGAGGUUUGAACCCCAGGGCCUCCAGCUCAUGCCAAACCCAUUUCCCAAUAAUUUCGCCAGGAGCUGGCCCUGCCCGAACCCUCUGCCUCACUACCAGGAGAAGGUGCUAAAGCUGGCCUUGCUGCCCAGUGCGCCCCUGAGCCAGGACCUCAUAAGAGAUUUCCAAACCCUGAUAAAGGACAGAGUUGCCUUACCCCUCCACCAUCUCUCCAAGGCACAAGCUCGCAACACCCCAAUAAGGAAGAGGAAGAGAAGAACUGAGCACUUCUAGAAAGGCCUCCAGAUGGGUGGGAACCAGAGCCCCAGGCUCCAGUGUUCUCAAUCAAUGCCCCUUCAGCAAGAAGCCCUGGGGUAGCAGAAGGACUCUGACUUCUACAGAACAGCCUCUCCACCACCCUCCCAGCCUCAAGCCACCUCUGUACUCAGGCUAUUGGAGACGCAGUUGAAA